AUGGUGAAAAUUACACUUGAUGUGGCAGAUGGGAUGACAUAUUUACAUCACGAUUGUUCUCCCCCUGUUGUUCGCUGCGACUUGAAACCCUCAAAUGUGUUAAUGGACGAAACCAUGAUAGCCCAUGUCUCUGAUUUUGGAAUUUCUCAUAUAUUGACGUCCCCUAUUUCUGCAAGUAGCAGCACAUCAAGACUGAAGGGAACAACAGGCUACCUUGCUCCAAAAUAUGGAUUGGGAGGAGAAGUGAGUACCAAGGGAGAUGUUUACAGCUUCGGGAUUCUCAUCCUUGAAAUGGUGACUAAAAAUAGGCCUACUGAUGGUAUGUUCUCAAGAGUCAACUCUUUGCCAAGAUGGGUGAGAAGAGCAUUCCCAGAGGUAGUGAAGGGAGUGGUGGAUAGAGAGAUCUUGGUUGAUCAACAAACUGUAGGUGAGUCUAGUAGUAGUGCUACACCUGAAAUCAUUGAUGAAGAAUUGGAAUCCUCUGAUCAUGACAGUCUUAGUUUUAUUGGAUUAGGACUACAAUGCGUAAGUGAAAAUCCAAGAGAGAGACCGACAAUGAGAGAGGUGAAGGGUAGGCUAGAAAAGAUGUUGUAUGGCAAGGCGUAUGGCAACUUAAGAGACCAUUCAUCUGUGCAGAAUCUAUGGAGUACAAGCAAUGGAAUGGGCAAUCCAAAUGACAGCACAGAUGAAAGUGAGAGUAGUUAA